CAUUAUAUUAAAAAUGUAUAGUGUUGAAAAUAUUACUCUCCGUAAUGAAGUAUUUCAUGCUAACAUUGUUGCUACUAUUUUUAAGUCUUCAAAUUUGGAUGAAAAAAAUACCUAAAAUCAAAGGUAUCGAGCAAGAUCCAGCCUUCCUUAAAUGGUAUGAUAUUCAAGACAUAAAAUUGAGGAAGUAUAACAAGACAACGUUAGCACUCAGUGGAAAAUUUAUAAUAAAACGUCAAAUCACUAACAUCAAGUACAGUCUCAAAUUAGGUCGAAAAGUUGGUUCAUCAUACUUACCAAUACCAUUAGUAACUGUUAAUAAAGCUGAUUACUGUAGUUUUUUGGAAAAUCCACAUAUACGGCCUAUGAUGGAAGAUAUGUUUAACCACACAAAUUUAAAAUAUAGUUGUGAUCAUAAACCAGGAGAAUAUCAAAUCAGUAAUUACGUGCCACACAUACCAUCAGAAUUACCACCUGGAGAUUAUCGAGGUGAAUAUUCUCAGUAUUUUGAGGAUGAAUGUAUUGGGAAAAUUCAAUACAAUAUAGCAUGGAUUGAAAUUUAAAAUGUUUUUAAAUGUGUGAAUAAAAUUAAUA